UGAUAAAACACCGGCAAAGAAUCACGCGAGGCAAAUAUUUUAAUUGCCUUUAACGUUUUCGUAAUCCAUAGCAAAAUUAAUUAUUAGACAUUGAAGGAAAAUCUCUUAAUUUCUUUUUCAGUGAAGUUGCAAAUAAAUAUGUUUAAAAUUAAUUAAAUACCUUAUAAUUAUUUUUUGAAAGGAAUAACGAAUUUGAAGAAAAUAGAUGAUUUAAAAGACAUUGCGAAGAAUGGCGAAACGUCGUCGGAACCCGGCUCCCGUACAGCAGGAUGAAGACACUUGUGACUUCGACAGCAUGUUCCGCAGUUGCAGUUUUACUCCAUCCACGAGUCCUGAGAAACCUGUGCAAAGAAACGCGGCCAAUGCCAGAGAAAGAGCCCGAAUGCGAGUUCUGAGCAGGGCCUUUUCACGUCUCAAAACGUCUCUGCCUUGGGUGCCUCCCGACACAAAACUUUCAAAGCUGGACACCCUUCGUCUUGCUGCAACAUACAUAGCCCAUCUGAGGAAAGUUCUGAAAGAGGAUGAUGAAGAUUCGGACAAUCAGCAAGUAACAGGGCACACCAAGAGAACAGCGCAUCCCAUCACACUAACCUGGCCAUUUACAAUUAGUAACAGACCUACAUAUGGAGACAGCAUAGAGGUAUCAACUAUUACUAAUAACAGAGAAAUACAAGAUGCCAAUCAUAUACCACAACCUAAUUACUCCAAUUAUAGAACCUGUGAAUAUAUACCAUUAAACUAUACUGAUCAUUACAGGAAAAAUAUGGUGGACCAUUAUUUGCAAUAAUUUGGCGAAAAACAUUGAACGACACUGGUAAUGCAAGACAUUUAAAAUGCUCAGAAGAGAAUGCAGUUGUCUACAGCAGAAACUUUUAUGGUAAAGAUUUAAAUACUUUUUUUAAACUAAAAAAAAAAAAAACUACAGGAUCUCAAAAAUCUUAAGUCAUAUGUCAAUUUUAGCAAAUGUAUAAAUGCAAUCUUUACACAGUGCUUAAAAUGAAUAUUUACGAGAUUAAAUUUUGCUACUUACAAGAAUAUGGUCAUAAGGAAUUUUUUCACAAGCAAUGUUGUCUUUUAGACUACAAAUAUAAAAGAAUUUUUAUAUUUUUAGUUACACUUAAUAAGAAAUUAAGCUUUUAAAUAAAUGAAGCAAGACUUAGU